AUGCAGUACAAUAAUGGCACCAGGAUAAACCACUUCUUCAUCACUGGAUUCCCUGGACUCUCUGCUCAGUACUAUGCACCUGUAUCACUGCUGCUUUUUAUCGCCUUCUUGGCUAUAGCUUUUGGCAACAUUUUUAUUCUAGUACUUGUAAAAUGUGAACAUUCUCUUCAUAAACCAACUUACUUAAUAUUCUGUCAUCUUGCAUCGACUGAUUUAGCAUUUGGAAUUGUGAUACUCCCCAAAAUUAUUUCCAAAUACUGGUUUGACGAUAGCUUGAUAGAAUUUAACAGCUGUUUUGUCCAAAUGUUUUUUGUGCAUUUUUUAGCAUCAGUUCACUCAUUUAUUCUAAUGAUCAUGGCCUUAGAUCGAUUUUUAGCUAUUUCCUUUCCUCUGCGCUACCCUAGUGCUUUCACAAACACUACUGCAUCUGUUUUAUGUGGAGUGUCUUGGUUUCUUGCAAUGUCUUGGAUGAUUUUUGUAGUCAUGCAUGCUCUUACGUUGCCGUAUUGCAACUCAAAUGUUAUUGUCCAGUGUUACUGUGACCACUACACAAUCACUACAUUGAGCUGUGACCCAAGGCCGGAUGUACAAGCCUUUGCUACUGGCGGCGCCAUGUUUGUCUUGUUAGUGCCACUGACUUUCAUUAUCGCUUCCUAUUUUUCUAUCAUUGUGGUUGUAGUGAGAAUUUCAAGCCAUGAGAGCCGCAUGAGGACUUUUUCAACAUGCACUCCACAGCUGCUCAUCACAUUACUGUAUUACACACCCAGGUGUUUUGUGUACCUGGCAGCUUAUGUAGGCUUUGGGUUAAGCCUUCCAAAUCGUAUUGUUGUGGUCAUGCUCUAUAGUGUGAUUCCUGCAGCAGUAAAUCCGUUGAUAUACUGCUUUAAAACAAAAGAUAUCAAAGAAUGCUUGAGUAAAAGAUAUAAGAUGGCAAAAGUUUAUGUGGUACUUGUAAAAUGUGAAGCAGCUCACUCCCUUAUUCUAAUGGUCAUGGCCUUAGAUCAAUUUUUAGCUAUUUCCUUUCCUCUGCGUUACCCUAAUGUUUUCACAAACACUACUGCAUCAAUUCUAUGUGGUCUGUAAUGGCUAAUUUUCAAUUUCUUGACGAUUUUUAUGGCAAUAGAUGCAUACACUUUGCCUUACUGUGACUCUAAUAUCAUUGUGCAGUGCUACUGCGACCGACUGGGAUGUGAGAAUGUGCGAGAUGUACAGGUCAUAGCUUUUGGUGGCGCUAUGUUUUUCUUGUUAGUGCCAUUGACUUUUAUUAUGUUUUCUUAUUUUCCUAUCAUCGUGGCCGUCAUGAGGAUAUCCAGCCACGAGAGCCGUGUAAGGACCCUUUCAACAUGCACUCCACAGCUGCUUAUCACAUUACUGUAUUACGCGCCCAGAUGCUUUGUGUACCUGGCCAACAAUGUAGCUUUCACAUUUAGUGUUCCUGUUCGUAUUUUAGUGGUUAUACUUUAUAGUCUGAUACUCGCAGCAGUGAAUCCACUGAUAUACUGCUUUAAAACAAUCAAAGAAUGUUUGAAUAAAAGAUAUAAUUGGACAAAAGUCCAGGUGGGUUUAUGGGAAUAG